UUCUAAACCCUGUAGGCUCUCAUUACUGGCAUUCAGCCUAGGCUCUUUAGCACAUCUCCCUCCAGGUAAAGUUCCAGUUCCUGCCCUGCCCUCUUGGUCUUUGACGCACUCUUGGUAGUAAUAGCAAAAAGGGAGGAUAUUGACUACGUCAGAUCUGGCAAACCAAGCUGGGAAAUCUCUUCCUUGAUGGGCAGCUCUUCUCAUCUUCUCGCUCCUGCUGCUUGUGGAGAGACUCUUGGUUGCUUGGUCAGCUGGGAUCCUUAGCCUGCCCUUCAGCCUAUCUCUGCCCCAGCUCCUAAGGUCGGAAACACUGUGAAGAUACCAAUUCCUUGGAGGGAAGAAACAUGGAAAUGUUGUACCAAGGCAGGAUUUAAACUUGUUCUGCAGAAAGGCAGGUUGUGUGAUGGAAGGCACAGGGUCUUUAUCAUGCCAGGAAUGAGUUACAAGAAGAGUCGUUGCUUUGCUACCCCAUCAUCCCUGAGAUGCGGUCAUUUGUCUUGCUGUUGUUUCUAACUCACUUGCUUUCUGCAUGCUUUCCUCUUGCAACUUCGCUGAACUCUGUCAGCUGCUCACAGGGCCUGGACUGCCGGCUAAAAGCAAAGGAUGUACUAUGUCCACCUGGUGAAGCCAUAUCAGAUCCAGAGCUAGAUCCAAUCCUACAGCUGGCUUGGAUGAACACAAGUAACAUUCUAUGGUGUGCGGAGCAGCAAGACUGCACUCCCUGCGUGCAAGUGAUGUUAUUUCUUGGAUUGCUGGAGCCACCUGCGCUGGGUACAAAACAAGAUGGAGGAGCCAGCAAGAUCAGCAUGCAGCCCAGCGGACGUGCUGAGAAAAUCCUGCGAACACGUAUUCUGCUCAUUGUGGACACACCCUCUUCCUCUCGUUGUGUUGAACUGGAGGUUUGGCUUCCCUACGGUUGGGAAGGUAAAAAUAAUUCCCUGGGAUCCCUGCAGUACGACUGCUUCCCAAUAGCUCUCAGUGGGGAGCUGCGUGUCACUGCCUUCACAUGGCCUCGCUAUCAUUCUGCAAGUGUGUUGAAAAUCAUGCACAAAGGGCCAGACUGCACCUGGCCCAAAGCCAAAGACACCAUCCGCCUCUGCCAAGUGCCCAGUUUAGCAAUUUCUGUGGGACUACAGUCGGCAGUUCUACAUGUGCAGGACACCCCUGAAGAACAGCAUUUCGAACUGUGGCUGUAUCUGAAUCGGACAGGGGGAGCUAAAGGGCUUGAUCAGGAGACCACCAAGUUGCUGACUGGAUCAGAGAAUGUGAGCUUACCAAUCUCGCAGGUGUUUCCUUGUCUCUGCUUUCAGGUCUGGCCCAAGAUUGAAGGCCAAGUUGACUCACCUCGAACUCAUUUCUGUCCCUUUGCAAAUGACCCGGCAGCUUUGACCAGGGCCUGGGCACACAGCCGCCUGGAAGUUCACACUGCUGGUGGAGGACUGAGCUGCUUGGUUUCUUCUCCAUGUGACCUCCAAGGAGAGCUGGUUCCCUGCUGGCAGAUGGAACAGAACGCCUGCCACCCUCUGCUUCCAUUUCUGCAUCUGGUCCUCACUCCACGGGUACCACAGGAGUUCCCAAGACUGCGAGCUCAUCCCAAUCUCUGUGUGCAGGUGAGAAGCAAUGGAAGUGCCUACCUCCAAAGCUGCCUGCAGGAUGAUGUCACAGGAAGCCAGCAGCCAAGGGAGCAAUACUCGCUGUUUCUGGAGACUCAGGAUCCUCAGGGGAAUUCCUUAGUCCAGAUCAUGGAGCAAGGCACCUGGGUCUCCACCGCUCAGGUCUUCAACACAAGAAACAGGAUGCUGGAGGAAGACCUGAGGGACAGUAUACAGGCGGGAAAGUGCAUGCAAGUGUGGCAAGCAGAAGGAACCAAUGCUACUAUACUCUGGGCAUGUUCAAGGAAGCAGUAUUCCCGGACGCACUGGGUGCUGAUCUGGUUGGUAACUCUCCUAGGUAGCUGCUCUAUUCUGCUCAUGCUCCUGUUCAAGAAAGAAGCAGUAAAAGGCUGGUUCAAGGCCCUGAAAGAAGAUUACAGUUCCAGAGGAGCACUUCAGGGACAACAUAUCCUCCUUCUCUACUCUCCGGAUCAUGAAGGUUAUGAGUGUGUGGUGGGCACCCUGGCAAGUGCGCUGACUCAGCUGCAGCUAUCUGUAUCUCUGGAAUUAUGGAGCCGUGGAGAGCUGGGAUCUCUGGGGCCCAUGCAGUGGUUCCACGCACAGCGACGCUUGGUGCUGCGAGAGGGCGGAGCUGUUGUGCUGCUGUUCUCCCAUGGUGCUGUGGCCAGUUGUGCAGAAUGGCUAGGUUGGAUACAGAAAGACCCUCAGCCUGCCUUCAAACCAGACAGCACAUUCCUGGCCUCCCUCAACUGCAUCCUGCCUGAUUUUCUGGCUGACGAGCCCAGAGCCACAUAUAUGGUUGGCUGUUUUGAGGAGCUCCUUCCAGUCAGUGAGAUCCCUGCCCUCUUCCGCUCGGUGCCUGUCUAUCCUCUGCCCUCUCAGCUCUUUAACUUCCUGCUGGCACUGGCUGGCCCCAGGGUAGGACACAAACAGAGGGGCAGCCUCAGGAGACAUGCAGAGUGCAUCAGCGAGAGCCUGGAACAAGCAGUGUGGGAGUGCCAGCAAAAGCACCCCAGCUAGUAGAGCCUGUGCAUGCUGCUUCCCCAGCUGGAGGAUGAACAGAGAAAGGGGACCAGGCGUUCCGUCGCCACGCUUGAGGAACAAGACUUUCAGAAGAGAGCUUGUAAAAGUUCAUCUGAGUGCACUGACAAAACAUUUCCAUACUAGUUUUCCAACAAGCAGCUCCAAAGUCAGAGUGGCCAAUCUGUUCCUGUAAUUUGGAAAGGGACCUGUGAUGGUAUAACAAGGCUGAACCGUGUAUGGGAACUUGUGUAGCACAGGGGUUCAAGUGAUAGGUGCCUAUUUAAGUGGCUGGUGGAGGUAAGGAAUUUGUCAUCAUAUUAUUGAAUGGUAACCAGCCACUAUUUACUGUAUUUAGAAGAAUGGAGACCGCCCGUACAUCCAGAAUGGAGGAUCUACAGUAGCAGUGAGUCUUCAGGUACCCAAAGCUGUGGGUCUCUCACCUUCAUGCCUUGCUUUGGAGCUUCUAGAGGCCACUGCUUGGUUGGCUUGUGAUUUGGGGAAAGAGGAAACUGGGCCAUUGGCCUGAUAAAAUUUUUAUCUGCAUUCUGAUUUCUGUGCUCUGAGAUAGUUGCAGAGGCACACUCAAUGCAAUAAUGAUAAAGAUUAGAAAUACUGAAACUAGAAUUGUGCACAGCACUUCAUGAAAUGACCAUCAAUCCCUCUGAAUUAGCUGCUCAGAGCAUCAAGGCAGCCAUGUCCCUUGAAGGCUUGGCAUGGCUUAGUUUUGAUGAAAGUGUCUUCAAGGUAUGCACUCGCAUCUCAGAAGAUUAGGAAAGCCUCUCAGAAUGGUGACACCAAGCUUUGGACAGAUACGGCCACCUCAUCAGGUUUGGAGGGAUGUUUUCUUUAGUUUCCAGAAGGUUUCUUCAGAUGCUUUGCACAGCCUUUGUUUAAAAUAGAAAGGUGCCAAGAGAAACCCAGUCUUUCAUGAGGGUCUCAUUCUCACAUCCUGUGUCAGGUUCAGCCCAAGAACAACAGCGAGACACUCCAGAAUCAGUUCAGCUCCUUUAUUAGCUU